UACCUUUUUCCUAGGUCCUAGCAGAGUGGAAACAGAAGUAUGAGGAAAGCCAGGCUGAACUAGAAGGUGCUCAGAAAGAAGCUCGUUCUCUCAGCACUGAGCUGUUCAAAAUGAAGAACUCCUAUGAAGAAGCUCUUGAUCACCUUGAGACACUGAAGAGGGAGAACAAGAAUCUGCAACAGGAAAUUUCUGACCUUACUGAGCAGCUUGGAGAGACUGGAAAGAGCAUUCAUGAGUUAGAGAAAGCCAAGAAGACAGUAGAGUCUGAGAAAUCAGAGAUCCAGACUGCACUUGAAGAAGCUGAGGGCACCCUGGAGCAUGAAGAGUCGAAGAUUCUUCGUGUGCAGCUGGAGCUGAACCAGGUGAAGAGUGAGAUUGACAGGAAGCUGGCUGAGAAGGAUGAGGAGAUGGAACAGAUCAAGAGGAACAGCCAAAGAGUGAUCGACUCCAUGCAGAGCACUCUGGACUCUGAGGUCAGGAGCAGAAAUGAUGCCCUGAGAGUCAAAAAGAAGAUGGAGGGAGAUCUGAAUGAGAUGGAGAUCCAGCUGAGUCAUGCAAACCGCCAGGCUGCUGAGGCCCAGAAACAGCUCAGGAACGUCCAAGGACAACUCAAGGAUGCCCAACUGCACCUUGAUGAAGCUGUCAGAGGACAGGAGGACAUGAAGGAGCAGGUGGCCAUGGUGGAGCGCAGGAAUAACCUGAUGCAAGCAGAGAUUGAGGAGCUGAGAGCUGCACUGGAGCAAACAGAGAGAGGCCGCAAAGUGGCUGAGCAGGAGCUGGUGGAUGCCAGCGAGCGUGUGGGACUGCUGCACUCACAAAAUACAAGUCUUAUUAACACCAAGAAGAAGCUUGAGGCUGAUCUGGUCCAGGUUCAAGGAGAGGUGGAUGAUGCAGUCCAGGAGGCCAGAAAUGCAGAGGAAAAGGCCAAGAAGGCCAUCACUGAUGCUGCCAUGAUGGCUGAGGAGCUGAAGAAGGAGCAGGACACCAGUGCUCACCUGGAGAGGAUGAAGAAGAACCUGGAGGUGACUGUCAAAGACCUGCAGCACCGUCUGGAUGAAGCUGAGAGUCUUGCCAUGAAGGGUGGAAAGAAACAGCUCCAGAAACUGGAGUCCAGGGUGCGCGAGUUGGAGGCUGAAGUUGAAGCGGAACAGAGACGUGGUGCAGAUGCUGUGAAAGGAGUUCGCAAAUAUGAAAGGAGAGUUAAGGAGCUCACCUACCAGACUGAGGAAGACAAGAAGAACGUGAUCCGACUGCAGGAUCUGGUAGACAAGCUGCAGCUGAAAGUGAAGGCCUACAAGCGCCAGGCUGAAGAAGCUGAGGAGCAGGCCAACACUCACCUGUCCAGGUACAGGAAGGUGCAGCAUGAGCUGGAGGAGGCUCAGGAGCGCGCUGAUAUCUCUGAGUCCCAGGUCAACAAGCUGAGAGCCAAGAGCCGUGAUGCUGGGAAGACUAAAGAUGAAGAAUGAAGACAAGAAACUACACCUACAAGCAAGCAUAUAAUAUGACUGACUUGUGCUGAGUUUUCCUGUGUCCAUUAAAAAGGCAUAAUUUGA